AUGCAACUGAACAAUGGAGUUUCUUUCUUCAAGAUAUUACUCAGGGAUGAUGUGGAUUAUCUUCCAUUGCCACCUUCUUUUGCAAAAAAGUAUCUGAAGAACAAGAACCAAACCCUAAUUCUCAAAACCAAAUCUACUGUGAAAUGGAGUAUAAGAUACUUGAAGAUCGAAGAUAGGUAUUACUUCAUGGAUGGAUGGCUCAAGUUCAUCAACGACAAUCGUCUUCGAAUGGGGGAUUUUCUUGUUUUUUGGCUUCAGUCUUCUUCAAUCUUUCAAGUCUAUAUCUAUGCACCCAAUGGCUGUCUCAAAAACCCAACCACUUCUUCAGGCAAUCUCCAUCGUCCAAUCCAUUCUAGGGUUCCGCUUUUCCGCCCACUGUCCGCCAUUAACAGUCUUUCACAUGUUGCUGUUGCAGGUGGUGGUAAGAAUCACAAAAUCUUGAAGAAACACAUCGUUAAAGUUGAAGAAACAAGUGACGAUGAUACCAAGGAAGGCGUUCAGCAAUCCUUUAGGAGGGUUGUCUCCAAAACCUGCAUUCACAAACUGGCAAUGAACAAGAGCUUCGUAAAAGGUCUCGGAAUCAAUGGCUACCGGAGCGUACGGCUGAAGAACGAGGAGGGAAAGAUGUGGGAAGUGAAGGUAAGCAUGUAUGGUGGUGAAAAGGUUCCAUAUUUGACAAAAGGAUGGUUUGAUUUCAGAAAAGAUAACAAGAUAGAGAUUGGAGAUAAGUGUGAAUUCAAUCGUGUCAAGAACAACUUGCUUCAUGUUCAUGUGUUGAAGAAGAAGGGAAAACCCUUUCUCAAGGAUCCAUAG